AUGGCUCUUCGACACGCGAUAUUCAAGAAUGUUGGUUCGCCGACGGUCUUGACUCGAAUCGCUGCUAUGAAUAGAACAAUGGCCACUGCAUCUGACCCGGCUGACCCUGUAUUUACAUUCAAUCUCCCUGAAGACUCAUAUCAGACACACAACUUUGAGACUCCUUCAUUGACAACUACUGCAUCAAAGUCGGAACUAUUGGCUCUAUACAAACAAAUGCUCUCAAUCAGACGAUUAGAAACUGCUUGUGAUCAAUUAUACAAGUCCAAAAUGAUUCGAGGCUUUUGUCACUUGUCUACUGGUCAAGAGGCUAUCGCUGUCGGUAUGGAGUCUUCCAUCACCAAAAAUGACUCGAUCAUUACUGCAUACAGAUGCCACGGAUUCGCAUAUUUACGAGGCUCAUCAGCUACAGCAAUCAUCGCUGAACUCAUGGGUAGACGUGACGGCUCGUCAAAAGGAAAAGGAGGCUCAAUGCAUUUGUUUGCCAAUGAAUUCUAUGGUGGUAACGGUAUUGUAGGUGCCCAAGUCCCUAUCGGUGCAGGUCUAGGAUUUGCCCACAAAUACCGAAACACAAAGACAGCUACUCUAGCCUUGUAUGGUGACGGUGCUGCAAACCAGGGUCAAGUCUUUGAAGCAUAUAAUAUGGCCAAACUAUGGGACUUGCCUGUCGUAUUCGUAUGUGAAAACAAUCAAUAUGGUAUGGGAACGUCUGCUCAUCGUGCCGCUGCCUCUACAAAGUAUUAUACCCGUGGUGAUUAUAUCCCUGGAUUACGAGUCAAUGGGAUGGAUGUAUUGGUUGUCCGUGAAGCAGUCCGUAAAGCUCGUGAAUGGUGUGUCACUGGUAACGGUCCAUUAGUCAUGGAAAUGGUGACUUAUCGAUAUGGUGGUCACUCCAUGUCAGAUCCAGGAACAACAUAUCGUACUCGUGAAGAAAUCCAGCAUAUGAGAUCUACUCGUGACUGUAUUACUGGAUUACGUACUCGUUUGUUAGAAGUAGGUGCUGCAAACGAGGAAGAAUUGAAAAAGUUUGACAAGGAAGCGAGGGCUGAAGUGGAUGACGCUGUAGCUGCGGCCAAAGCAUCUCCUGAACCUGAUGUCAAGGAUCUAUACACUGAAAUAUAUGCUCCUGGUUCUGAACCAGAAUAUGUCCGUGGUAUCACUCCUGAUGAAAUAUGGAGGCCGUCCGCAUAG